AUGACGACGAUCGUGUGCAAACGACUGGUGCAGCAGCGGGUGGCCCGCGCAAAUUGGGUGGUGGCCGAUGGCUGCCGUGGCUUUACCACCAGCGCGCCGUGGCUUGCAGGGCACAAUAAAUGGUCUCAGAUUAAGCAUGACAAGGCUAGGAAUGACAAGGCCAAAAGCAAGGAGCGACAGCUUAUCGGCAAAGAAAUUAGCAGUGCGACUCAGAUGUGGGGUCCCGAUCCUAAAUUCAAUGCGCGCCUCACCCUCGCCCUUUCGAAUGCAAGACGAGCAGGAAUCCCGAAGAUCGUGAUCGAGGCGGCAAUUGCUCGGGGGCAGGGCAUAAGUGUCACUGGAGAUGCUUUGGAGCAGGUCACAGUUGAAGCUAUCCUCCCCCAUUCAGUCGCGGCCGUUAUCGAAUGCCUGACCGAUCAGAAAGCUCGUGUGUUGCAAGAUGUCCGACAUGCGAUCAAAGAUGCCGGCGGCACAGUCACCCCUACGACUUAUCUCUUUGAGAAGAAGGGCAGAAUAAUCUUCGAGAAGAAGGACGGGAUGGAUCCGGAUGACUACAUCGACCAGGCCAUCGAAGCAGGCGCGACGGACAUUAUGGCAGACGAGCAAGGCCGCCUCCUUGUUUUCACAGAACCUUCAGAAACGAAGAAUGUGGGUGAAGCUCUUGGCAAAAUGAUCGGUCUUGCAGUUGAGGAGCUGGACAUCAUCUGGGACCCGAACCAAGACACUUUGGUGGAUCUCAAGGACGAGGAGCAGGUGGGCGAAAUCGAGGACAUCCUCAAUACCCUUCGAGAAGAGUCGAGUCUCCGCGACAUCUAUCUCAAUACAGCACAACGCUUCUAA